UGGUCAGAAAUCGAAACAAGGUUUGAUGAAUUGGCUGUCGAUGGCACUCUUCCUAAGUUGCGGUUUGCUCAAUGUAUAGGGAUGAACGAGUCGAGUGAGUUCGCUGGCGAGUUGUUCGAAGCGUUGGCUCGUCGGAGAGGCAUAACAGCAGGUUGUGUGAGCAAGGAUGAGUUGAGAGAAUUUUGGGAGCAGAUUUCAGAUAUCAGCUUUGAUGCCAGGCUACAAACCUUCUUUGACAUGGUGGACAAAGAUGCAGACGGUCGAAUCACAGAAGAAGAGGUGAAAGAGAUUAUUUCUUUAAGUGCCUGUGCUAAUAGGCUGUCACAAAUUCAAGAACGAGUUGAGGAAUAUGCAGCAUUGAUCAUGGAAGAGCUGGACCCAGACAAUGUGGGAUAUAUUGAGUUGUACAGUUUGGAAAUGCUACUUCUCCAAGACCCAACCCAAUCAACGAACCUCGUCACGGACAGUGGUAUCCAGAGCCAGUUGCUAAGCCAAAAGCUAGUCCCAACCAAAGAGCACAACCCCAUACGGCGGUGGUACAGGAGGCUGGCCUACUUCAUGGAGGACAAUUGGAAGCGGAUUUGGGUCAUUUCCCUAUGGAUUUUGAUCUGUUUGGGCCUAUUCACUUGGAAAUUCAUCCAGUAUAAGCAUCGGGCCGUCUUCGAUGUAAUGGGCUAUUGUGUGUCCAUAGCCAAGGGUGGAGCUGAGACCCUCAAGUUCAACAUGGCCCUAAUUCUUCUACCAGUUUGUAGAAAUACAAUUACUUGGCUAAGGAGCAAGACCAAGUUAGGGGUUAUAGUUCCGUUUGAUGACAACAUUAACUUUCAUAAGGUGAUUGCAUUUGGGAUUAUAGUCGGAGUAGGUCUACAUGCAGGGUCACAUUUGACAUGUGACUUCCCUAGGCUACUACACUCGACGGACGACGAAUACAACCCAAUGAAGCCAUUUUUUGGCAACAAAAGGCCGGACGACUAUUGGUGGUUCGUGAAGGGCACGGAGGGCUGGACCGGGGUGGUGAUGGUGGCACUAAUGUUAGUGGCCUACACAUUAGCACAACCAUGGUUCCGUCGCAAUCGGCUCAACCUCCCCAAAACCCUGAAAAGACUAACCGGGUUCAAUGCCUUUUGGUACUCACACCACCUAUUUGUUAUAGUCUACAUCCUCUUUAUCAUCCACGGAUACUUUCUUUACCUCUCCAAGAAUUGGGACAAAAAAACUACGUGGAUGUAUUUGGCAGUCCCAAUCCUACUCUAUGCAUGUGAACGCUUAAUUCGCGCAUUCAGGUCUGGCUAUAAGACUGUUAGGAUUUUGAAGGUCGCAGUUUACCCUGGAAAUGUUUUGGCUCUGCAUAUGUCAACACCACAGGGGUUUAAGUACACCAGUGGCCAAUAUAUUUAUGUCAAUUGCUCAGCUAUUUCCCCAUUUCAAUGGUAA